AUGAAACUUUCUUUCACUUCAGCGGUUGUCACCGCGACUAUUCUGUCUGGCGUGCAGGCCGCGCACUUCGAGGUCAAUGUUGGGAAGAAUAACCAGCUUAAGUUUGACCCGGAGACCUUGACUGCGAACCGUGGUGAUACGAUCAAUUACAACUUCUUUUCCAAGAAUCACUCAGUCACCCAGUCGUCUUUCGACAGCCCCUGUGCACCUCUCGCCAACGGCGGCUUCUUCUCCGCCUUUGUGCCCUCAGCCUCAGAGAUCGCACCUGGGAAGACGACUUUCACAAUCACCGUAAAUGACACGAAGCCAAUUUGGGUGUUCUGCGGCCAGGGCAAUCACUGCCAGCAGGGCAUGUUACACAGCAUCAAUGCUCCCGCCUCUGGAAACACCUUUGACACGUUCAGGGAGAAGGCCAAGAGCGCUGGCCCAAGCACAUCUCCUCCCGAUGGUCUUCCUGUUGGUGGACAGCGUAUCUCCAAGGUUGAUGUCGGUCUCAAUGGGGGUCUCACUUUCAUCCCGAAUGACAUCAAAGAGCCGCCCAGGACAUACGUCGAGUUCAGCUUCAACCCGAGAAACCAUUCCGUCACACAGUCCUCCUUCGACAAGCCGUGUGAGCCUGUUGCCAACGGCUUCAGCAGUGGUCUCAUUCCUACUGCGCUCAGUCCCUCUGGUGUGACAUUCAGAAUCCUCAUCAAUGACACGAAGCCCCUUUGGUUUUACUGUGCCCAAACGACAGGAACACAUUGCCAAAAGGGCAUGGUUGGAGCCGUCAACGCUCCAGCUCAGGGCAACACCCUCCAGGCCUUCACAGAUCUCGCAACCAAGGCUCCGCCAAGCACCCUCCCCGCGAUAGCGCCCUUGGGCGGUGUUCUACGCGCGAACGGCACAAUUCUGCCGAUGGUCAACUCCGCCGUCGUCAACGUGACAGCACUCACCGCUGAAAUUAUCAGCUACAUACCCAAGCCGGGCGACAAUGAUCAGUACAUGAUGGGCAAAGCCGGUGGUGGCUCCAUCGUCAACUGGAACUUCGGCAACAACAUCAGCGACUCGGCCGUCGAGCACUUGCAGUUGAUCCAAUUCCUCGACAACAUUCUUCUCAAGGUUCUCUUCGCUGGAUACGAGAACCUCAAAGACGGUGGAAAGUGGGCUAACGUUUGGCCUGAGACGAUUGUCGAGACGAUCGGCACUAUGGCUGCGCAGGCUUGGGUUCACCGCGGCACGGCGACGGAUUCUCUGCAGCAUUUCUCCAAGACCGUGUUAAAGGAAUGCUCUUAUGCUAUCCCUGAUCUCGAUAUUGACGCGUUCUUAAAGACGACUCUGACGGUUCUGUUGCUCGAGAUCGGACUCAUCAUCGAUGCGACUGCACUCCUAGCUCCCUCCGACCCGUGGCUCAUACCAGCUCUGGCAACGUCUCUUGGUGCCAAGUCACGAAUGACCGCGGUAGUCAACCUGAUGCAGAACCAUAUCGCGGCUGCCGCGCCCCGUGAAGUCUCUAUUCCUGCGGAACUGGUCUACUCGUAUGCCAUGCACCACUACGUCUCUUCUUGCCCGGACAAGCUGGCUUGGGAUAAGCCGCUCAGCAAGUUGUCCAUCAAGGGUCAAGGGUUGGACCAGGCACAGAGGCUGAUGGGAGUCGAGGUGCAGUGGGAGGGCAAGCACGACGGUGACCUAUUUCUUGCCUGGCUUGGUCCUUGGGGAGAGGUCAAGUUCUCGCAGAUCGUUGAUGGAAAGGCUGCCGUGCCUGACGCUCUUUACGGCCACGUUUGGGUAGUCGUCACAACUAAGAAAGACAUCAAGAGCUCGGAGGUGGCCGGGGCGGCUGUUGCUGGACCGGAGAUGGUGUGGGUGACUCAGCCUUAA